UAGUCCCUACCUGAACUGCUUCCUGGAACCAGUUAAAAAGAGAGCUGAUCCAGAGAGUGUUUGGGAUUUUGGUUUACUGCAUAUGUUUUUAGGAAUGUAUGUAUGCAUUGUAAUGCUGACUGUGGAUGUUUUAAUGGUGGUUUUAUUCCUGUAAUCUGCUAAGAGUCCUGCAGGAGUCUGGUGGGGUAUUAAAUAAACAAACAAGCACAAGCUGAGCAUGUUGUAUGAACCAGAAUAUUGUGUUUAAGGCUGGCUGAUAUUCACCCCUGUCUGGUCAAAUAUACAUUUUAAGGUAGAUAUAAGGCCCAUUUUAGUCAAUGUGCAAUAAAGCAGAUAUAAUUACUGCUGCUGUUGAAGGGAAACAAACAGGAAAAGAAGCAGUCCGAUCCUUAAUUCUUCAUAGUACUAAGUAAAUAUUUACAUGAACUUCUGAUCAAAGCCUUACAUUCCCUAAAUUGCACUGCCCAAGUUAUGGAAUACAUGUUGAAACACGUAUCUCCAUGUAAGCAAUAUUAAGUAAAGCAGACUUUGAUUACUGCAGCAAAUCGCAGGUGCACAGUCCUGGCUAAGUACUUCAUUGUGUUACUAAGGUGAUUUUACUUAUACAGAGGGAGUGGUCACCUCAAAGGUGGUUCAGCUCUUAUUAGCAAAUGUUUGGAUCCUUUCACUUAAUUUUCAGGUUAACAAGAAAGAAAGUCUUUUCCUGCCCUGAAGCUGUCCCUGUUUUACAUUCAACAUUUGCAGGAUAUGGAAACAAUUCUAAAAUGUGGAAUAUUGCAUCUUAAAUACCUGCAGGAUUUAUCAAUACAGUGUUAAAUAAUGCUUGGGUUUAAAUAUGUGAUUAAAAAACAGCUAAUAUCCAGAAUUCUGUAUAAAGCAAAAAAGACAUCAAGGAAUAUGCUGUCCAAUCAAAUCAGACCACGUACAUCAGAGCUUUUAGAGCUUCAUGUAUUUUAUGUUCCGGAAGAAGUGUGGAAUUUCAAGUUGAAUACAAUUCCUGUAGAAGUGAUAAGCAAAUUCUUUUCAGCUGGAUUUAUAAGGGUGUCACCUCAUAUGACAUUGAAAACAUUAAGAGAACACCUUGGAGAGUACCUUGGUGACGAUACAGUAGUAGAUAAGUAUAUCUUUCUAAAAUGUAUUGGAGAGAGACUUGUGGUGGUGAAAGCAAAACAAGAGAUGGAGCUGAAGCUCAAAUCAUUUGCUCCUCCAUAUGCAUUUCAUCCAGAACUGUAUCUGUUACCAGGAAUAGAAAGUAUUUAUUCAUCUUCUUCAUCAACUCCAGAGAAACACCAUAAUAAUCCAGAAUAUGUGCUUACAUAUGCAUCAUAUGAAAGACCACAUAGUUUAAUUUCUCCAAAUCCUGAUGAUGAUCCAAACCCAACAAUGCUGGAUAGCUCCUUCAAAAACAAUCUCAGUCAAACUCGGAAAAAAGCUAAUUUUUCUGGAUGGAAUGAAAAGGAAACUAUUCCAGUUCUGCAAAGGAAGCAAAGCUUUGAGCAAGAAAAGAAUGAAAGUAUUCAAGGAAAAAAUAGUUCACAGCAAAGGAAAGGCAAAAUCAGUUGUAACAUCAACAAAACAGAAUCUGUUCCAUCGUCAGGUUCUUCAGAACAGCACCCUGCAAAGAAACUGGCAUCAGUGAAAAUGCAUCAGAAGACUCUCAGCCCAACCCCAGAAAGGCAUGAUAUUCCAGGAAAGGUUGAAAAAUACAAAAAGAAGGUUGCAUCUCCAAAGAUAGAUCAGAACCAUGAAAAGGAGGAAAGCAACCAGUUUCCAUUAAAUCACACCCCACAGAACACAAAAGAUGCAGAAGAGGUUUCUCUCAUGUUGGACACAAAUACACAAAAUGGAGGGAAUUUAACAGGGAUUGGAAUGAGAAGGCAUACGACUGCUGAUUCUGGAAUCCCCGAAUCCUUGGAAGACCGAGACAUGGAAUACUCACCCAAUAAGCGGAGCCAACAGCAUCCUGGAAUUACCAAGACUGUUGCAGACCCUGCUGAUGUGCAGAAUAAUCAGACCAAUGGGAAUAACCUAAAUGACUCUGCAUAUCCAAGUCAGUAUCUUUCCCCUCCUACUCCACCUCUUCUGGCUGUCUCAGUACAUAGAGCUCAACUUCCUCACAAAGGUUUUCCAACAGAAGGCAAUGAAUUAAAUAAGCAGCUGCAACAUUCCAAGACAGAAAGAAAGCAUCUGGAAAAGACUAGAGAGGAACUGGUUAAAAAAGUGAAAACUUUGAUUGAACAGCACAAGCUCAGGAGAUGCUAUGCCCGUGAUUCCUGGAAAAAAAAAUAUUUUGAAAUGAAGAAAGUCACAAUUUCCUCAGAGGAAGUUUUAAAUAAAUUGCAAGAAAAUUUAGAACUUCACCACCAAAAAUUAUUGAGGCAGCUAGAAGCUAGAGAUACCAAGAAAAAACGAAAUAAUUUAAGACAAACCACCAAUUCAAAGAAUAAUGUAAUAAUCCAGAUUACAACUCUGCAGCAUGAGAUUGACCAGCUAAAGAGAAAGCUAGAUAAUGCCAAAAUGAAGCUUGUCAUAGAAAUCAAGUUGAAAAAACAGGCAACUUCUGAUUUACAAGCACUGAAGGCAGAACUGGUACACAAGAAGGUUCAGUCAUCUUUAAGAUUCCAGUCUGGAAAGCAAAUAUUUUAGCUAACCUUGUAAAUGAAAUUCUUCGCUCUACAGCUGCUCAAAAACCUAUUUAUUUUGGUUAAAUUUUGAUUAAACAUAGCAAAGCUUGUAUGUAUCAAAAAACUGUUCAUUGCUAGACCAAUAGUUGGUUCUACUGUUCAUGUGGCAUUAGCACUCCAAAACAGCAAUAACAUCCUAGUUGUGUCCAUUGCAACAGCAUUCUUGAUGGAAGGAGAAAGCCUCGCUAUAAAGAAUAACCUUUGGGGGGCAUGGUGAAGAACAACCUUGGGGGGGAUGGUGAAGAAGUGCCUUUAAGCCCUAAUCUUCCACCUGCAUAUCAUCUCUUGGGGUAGAAUGACUUUUGUAUAUUUAACUCUACAGUUUGCUGUAGUUGCAGCAUACUUGGGUUGGAAAGAACAAUAUCUACCUAAAGAUAUAAUUAUUAGUAAAUAUCCUCUAUUACUCAUUGCAAAUCUAAGAUUUUGCAAACAAAAAUUUUAGUUUAGGAUUCCCUGAUCUCCUUUCAGUUGUGUGUGUGUGUGUGUGUGUGUGUUUUACUGUAAGCCAGAGUCAAGUACCUUUGAUACUCUGUAUUACUUAGUUGUGUCAAGUAUACCAAUAAACAUUUUAUUACUGUACAAAAACCAGUAACUACAUACAGUAAACAUGUAUUUUCAGUUUUGUUUCCUGGUAUAGCUGAGUGAACAAAU